CAUUUUCGUAGCACGUCUUCAGCAAACACAGAUGUUAUGAUCUUGACUUGUAGGAUCAAGAGAAAAAAGACAAAAUGAGCAAUCCAUUCAGAGGAGAGGUGUUCAGAUUGUACAAAAAUCUUCUCUACCUGGGACGAGACUAUCCAAAAGGCACUCAGUACUUCAAGGAGCGUCUGAAAACAGCUUUCAUGAAGAACAAAGAUGUCACAGAUCCAGAGAAAAUCAAAAAGCUGAUUGACCGUGGCGAGUUUGUGAUUAAAGAACUUGAGGCACUUUAUUUCCUCAGGAAAUACAGAGCAAUAAAGAAACGCUACUAUGAUCCAGAGCACUAAUCUCUGUUGCAGUACAUGUGCCAUAAUGUAUAUGUGAACAGAAUCAAAAGUUACAUUACUUUCAGUGGAUGCAUUGUAAGUAUUUGAAAGUCUGUAUCCAAUGUGUUGUAUAAUAACAUAUUUGAACAUAAAUGUUUAUUUUUACUGUUACUGCUGGCUUCUUGUUAGAUUUGUGAAACAUGUAAGUAAGCUUUUUAUGUAUAUGUACGUAUAUAUGUACAAAACAAAAACAAUUGCACAUAGUUAAGUAAUUUGCUAGUCUGUUUCAGUUUUGUAAUAUUGUAAGCAGGAGUUUGCAUAGGGAGCUUCACGUCACAGAAAGCAAGAUUGUUUAUUCCAACUGACUUCUCCAGCUCGUGCACCAUGUCAAGCAUGCCCGCACUGCCAGAAACUUUUAGGUGUAAAUAAUAGUAAUAGUUAUGGGAGUAGUGUGAGUGUCAUGUCAGUCAGAGUACCCAUUAGACAGAAGUACAGAUAUGAGAGAGGGUACCAACUAUCAGCCAGCCAAGGUCUGUUACAAAACAAUCAACAGGUGUGUUCUGUUACUUAUAAGGCUAUUGUACAUUUCUGUGCUGCCUAUGGAUUUUAUGGAUUUCCACCCCUACCCACCUGCCUAGCUUUACCUCAUUCAGGACAAAAUCAUCCAUGGUUCUCUCAGUUGGACCUGUUGUCCAGUUAAGUCCACUUGAUGCCUUUGUGAGGUUACAACUGUGUGUCGUCAGAGCCAGUGGCCUGCUGUUCUCUGGUAAUGGAUGGUACAUCUUUGCCCCAAUGCAUACCCACAGAGAAAGGUCCAACCCGGGUGGCAGCCCUGCCAAACUGCCCUAAAGCUCCUACAC